CCUCAGUCCUCACCCUUUGAGGAAACAAAACAACCAGUGAGUGAAGUGAUCAAUUUGUUUUUUUUUUAUUCCUACCCCUUCUCUCCUCCUCCAGUUUCCAGCAAUUGAAAACCCAACAUUGUCGACUUCCAUCAAUUUGAGGUAACAAUCUUUCACUUUUCUUCUUACCAAUUUCUGGGCACCUGUAAAUUUCUGUUUAAUUGUUUUUCCGAAUUCAAUUAUUUGAUUAGAACCAUGUAUUUGAAAGAUGGGUGUUCAUUAUUAUUGAAAGUUCAAAAACCCUCAAUCCCAUUUCUUCUCAAUAAAAGAAACCCAAUUCCUGAUCUUAAACCUUACCUUGAAACCAACAAAAACAAUCUAGAUGAACAUGUAGUAGUGAAGAAUUUGAGAAAAGAAUCGGAUAUUAGCUCAGCUUUGAGCUAUUUUAAGCAUAUUUCAAAUUCAAAUUCUUUCAGACACACCCCUGUAACUUACAGAAUCAUGGUUCAAAAACUUGGGAAACAUGGGGAUUUAGACGGGGUUCAGUAUUUGAUGCAACAGAUGAAAUUAGAGGGUGUUAAUUGCUCAGAGGAAUUGUUUGUUGAUUUGAUUAAUUAUUAUAAAGUCAUGGGUUUAGCUGAGCAGGCUUUGAAAAUGUUUUAUAGGAUUCGGGAUUUCGAUUGUAAGCCAACGGUUAAGAUUUAUAAUCAUGUGUUGGAUGCUUUGCUUGCUGAGAAUAGGUUUAGGAUGAUUAAUCCCCUGUAUAGCAAUAUGAAGAAAGAUGGGGUUGAGCCCAAUGUGUUUACUUAUAAUGUGCUUUUGAAAGCAUUGUGUAAAAAUGGCCGAGUAGAUGGUGCGCGUAAAUUGCUUAAGGAAAUGUCUAAUAAGGGUUGUGCCCCGGAUGACGUGAGCUAUACAACGAUUGUAUCCUCCCUUUGUAAGAAUGGGAAGGUCAGGGAAGCUAAGGAGCUUGCUGACUCUUUUGCACCGGUUGUACCGGUAUAUAAUGCUUUGAUUAGUGGAUAUUGUAGAGAUUGCAACUUUGUGGAGGUAUUUUCUUUGUUGAAUGAAAUGGUGGAAAAAGGUGUUGAUGCUAAUGAUAUUUCGUAUACAAUAGUAAUUAACGCUCUAUCUGAUGCUGGGAUGGUCGAGUUGUCGAUGGCUGUUUUAGGGAAGAUGUUUUUAAGAGGAUGUGAACCAAACAUUUAUACAUUUUCUUCGUUAAUUAAGGGCUUUUUCUCUAGAGGGAGACUUCAUGAAGGUUGUGAUGUGUGGAACAGAAUGGUAAGUAAGGGAGUUGUGCCAAAUACUGUUGCUUAUAACAUUUUAAUACAUGGUUUAUGCUCAAAUAGUUCCAUGGUAGAAGCUGUAUCUCUUCUCCAAGAAAUGGAGAAAAGGCGGCGCUUACCAAAUGUAACAACCUAUAGUACCCUUAUAGAUGGUUUUGCAAAGUUGAAGGAUUUGAUUGGUGCAUCUGAAAUAUGGAAUCGGAUGAUAAGAAAUGGAUGUCAACCCAAUGUUGUCGCAUAUACAUGCAUGGUGGAUGCCCUUUGUAGAGUUGAAAUGUUUGAUCAGGCUCAAGAUCUUAUUGAGAGUAUGAUGCAGGAAAAGUGCACUCCUAAUACUUUUACAUUUAACACAUUUAUAAAAGGACUAUGCCAUGGUGGACGAGUUGAUUGGGCUAUGAAGGCUUUUAAUUCAAUGGGAAGAUAUGGUUGCUUACCUGACACAACUACGUUUAAUGAGAUUUUGGAUGGCCUUUUCAAAUCAAAUUGCUUCGAAGAGGCUUUUGGGAUAUUUAGGGAGAUGGAAAAAGUGGAGAUCAAGUGGAAUCUAACAACGUGCAAUACGACUAUGUAUGGAUUUUGUCAACUGGGGAGGUUUAAGGAGGCAAUGCUGGUGUUAGGCAGAAUGUUGAGAAAAGGAACGGAACCUGAUAUUAUUACUUUCAACACUUUGAUUGAUGCUUACUGUCAGCAUGGAGACAUCAAAAGAGCCAUUCAACUAAUGGAUGGAAUGAAGAAGACAGGAGAGUGGCGUCCAGACUUUGUUUCUUAUACUAGUCUUAUACGUGGCUUUUGUAAACGGAAUGAUACAGAUAAUACAACCAAGUUUCUUCAAAGGAUGAUGGAUGAAGGAUUUGUUCCAAAUAUUACCACAUGGGAUAUUUUAGUUCGAACAUCAUUCAGCAAAUCUGGAUGUUUCUACCAAGAAUUGAUAAAUGAACUGGAUAUGGUCACAGGAUAAUAACUCAGAAGUCUUGUGUUCUUUGUCCUUCUGUGAUAAGGUAUAUUGGGGUUUAGUAUUAUGACAAUGGAGUAACCUUUUCUAGCAACAUAUUCCUUUUAGGGAAUUUAUAACAUAUUAUGACAGGGUGUUUAAUUAUUGUGUAUAUGGAAACUGCCUUCCUUAAUAUGCUGUGAAUAUGUUGCCAUCCGAACCCAAUCCUGGGGACUGUUGUCGGCUCUGUAUUCGAUGUUUACAGAUGGAAUGAAACGGAAUAGAAGAAAAGUCAAGUGAAGAGAAGAAGCAGCUAUCAACAAAAAUUUAACUGAAGAGUGACAGUUUAACCCUACCGGUAUGACUUAUCAUCCGAGAAGCACCAAAUUCUUGACAAUCUUGCUACAUAUUUGAGCUAUAGUUUGUGUUUCAUGAGGUCAGAUGACUGAACUUGUUUACUAAAAGUGAUGGCCAUGUCGAAGAUACUGUUGAUAAUAUGUAGAAAAAUGAUAACUCUAGUUGUUUAUUAAAAGUGACGUCUGUGCAGAAAGAUAAUGGCUGUGUUGAAGAUGCUUGGUUAUGCAAAUCUGAAAUGAUGAUUUGUUGAAGAUACUGUUGGUAAGGUGAACUCGGCUGAGAACAAGGACAACAAAUAACAGAUUCUGAUGUCUAGUGUAGCCGAUGAUUGUAGAAGCUAAAGCAUAAUCUUUAGGCGAAGGAAGAAAUUAGGAAAGGCAUUUCACGCAGUGCUUCCUCUUGCUAAUCAUGUUCGGAACACAACAAUUAGUUUUGUUUCUGUUAAUUCUGGCUUUGAGAGCAACUGCUCCUAAUAUGGUACUAAUAUAAAAGGUUUUUUUUUGGCUUGAGCUUCGCAAUUGUACCAUAAACCUUCUUCAUUGUUAUGUACUAUACUUAUUGUGAGUACUCUCUUAAUUAAGUUUGGCGUUGACUUGA